GAAAAAAGUACCAAAUCGAUUUCACUAUGUUUAUACCAAGGUGCCAGCUGACGCGGCGGCGGGAGAAGAGAAGAAGAUUACGGCUCAAAAACGUUGUUGUUGCAGUCUCUUGCUCUUCUAUCUAUGUAUUGUCUUCUCAUUCCCACUUAGAAGAGAUCACUUUCUAGAAGAUAAUAGAAGAUAUCUUCUAGUAGUGGGAAAAGAAGAGAUCUAAUUUGGCUUAUCACUUUCUCUCUUCUAAUUCCCACCGCAUUUUCGAUCUUUCCUUAACUCUAGCAGCAGGUGAGGCCAACCUCUGCGUCAAGUACAACCACGAAGUGACAGUGCCAAGCUCAAAAGACCGAAAUUUUCUGCCCUUAAACCAACUUUCCUUAGACGAGGAGACAGGUGCACCAGCGGAUGGAUGGUGCGACUUGCGGAC